AUGUCGGUGAGCGGCUCUAUAAAGAACGAGGCGUUUGCAAAAGAAUCAAGCCAAAUUCUACCUUCUGCUUCUGACUUUGCUUCUGAUCCACAUAUGCACUUUGUUGAGGAAACAGGAAAAUGGACGUAUACGAGCGAGGAUGGGAAUACUUGGGAAUAUAAUGAAGAACAACAGCAAUGGUGUCAAAUGGCAAAAGUUUUGUUGAAACUCCAACAACUCGCAUAUUCAGUUCCUGGUGUCGACGAAAGCGAACCUGCUAAUCCAGUGGUACGAGAAAAACGAAAAAAAGUUUACACUGCCGAUGAAACUGAUCAGAAUGGCAAAAAACAAAAAUCACAAAAGAAAAAACCAGCAAAUACUUCUGUGUACGUCAGCGGGCUACCACCUGACGUUACCGUUGAGGAAUUAGCAGAAGUUUUCUCAAAGUGCGGUGUUUUACUAGAAGACUUGAACUCCGGUGGACCAAAGAUUAAACUUUAUAAAGAUGACUAUGAUCGUCUAAAAGGUGACGCUCUCGUGACUUAUCUUAGAGAGGAAUCAGUUGAUCUUGCUUGUCAGCUUUUGGACGAAACAGAUCUUCGUCCGAACGAGGCUUCUAAAAUAAGAGUACAAAAGGCGCAAUUUAAGGAAAAGAUGCCAAAACCUUCAGAAGAUACCAACAACAGUACUUUAGUAAAACCAGAUAAGAAAAAAGUCCAAAAAAAAUUGCAUCAGCUUGAAAAAAAAUUGGAUUGGUUUGAAAGUGAACCAGGAAAAAAAGCUGAAAGGUAUAAUAAAAUCGUAAUUCUGAAGUAUAUGUUUACAUUGGAAGAAUUGGAGAACGACGUUAGUUUAAUCUUGGACUUGAAAGAGGACAUUCGCGAAGAAUGUCAGAAGCUAGGCGAAGUAACCAAUGUCGUAUUAUAUGAUAAAGAACCUGAUGGCGUAGUGUCAGUUAAGUUUAAAGAUCAACUAAGUGCCGAAGCUUGUGUGCUGAAAAUGAAUGGACGAUUUUUUGCUGGACGCAGGAUCGAGGCACAAAUAUUUGAUGGUAAACAAAAAUAUCAAAAGACUGGUUCCAAAUCAAAUGAAACCGAAGAAGAAGAAUCUACUCGAUUGGAAAAAUAUGCACAAUGGCUAGAGCAAGAUAACAGUGGACACCAGCCAUAA